AUGGCGGACGAAGAAGAGCAAUUUUGGCAAAUCUCUUCUUUUGUGUUCAGUUUUAUCGUCAGAGGAGUGGUAGCUGUAGCUGUGCUGUUUACUGCAACUUUUUUGACCAAAUUUUUCAGCCAGGGGAGUGAUAGUCAUAUUUCAGUCCCAGUUGAUACAAAUUUUUGUCAAUCUUCGGAAUGCCUUCGAUGCUCUCACAAUUUAAUUAAAUCGCCAUCGGAAACAGCUGAGAUAUUGUUUUCAAAACUGGACGAAUUUGCACGGAUGAAAUCGGACAAGGGUGGACUUGAUCGCCUUUUUAAAGGAAUCGAAUACAACAGGACACACAAGAAGAGGAAUAAUCUCUCAUCCGCACAAAAACCUACAGUGUUUUAUCUAGACGGAUUGUCUAGCAAACCUUGGCAUGACUGCCUCUCAGAUCAACGAACAACUUUGGUCUGUUCCGAGAACUUUGAGAAGAUACGGUCAGAAUUCAACCAAAUUCGAUUUGACGUAAGUGGUGAAGGAUGGGUUAAAAAUUCAACUCCCGAAGGGGAAUGGUUAGUUUAUCACUUGAUAAAUCAAGGGAAAAGAGUUGUCCGAAAUUGCAGGAAGUGCCCGAGAACCGUGGAGAUCAUUGAAUCUAUCGAAUCAUCUGUGAAAGGAUGCUCUUUUGGCAAUGCGCUGUUUUCAGUUGUUCGAGCUGGAACACACAUAACUUCUCACUACGGCCCAACAAAUUGUAGGAUUAGGUGUCAUUUGCCUCUUUUUGUUCCGGACAAUUGUCACUUGUGCGUGAACGGCGAACAGAGAAGGUGGAAUGAAAGAGAGCUUUUACUGUUUGACGAUUCUUUUCUUCACGAAGCGUGGCACAAAGGUUUGAACGGUGAAAGAGUUGUCCUCAUGUUAGAUCUCUGGCACUCAGAGAUCACAGCAUUGGAAAAGGAAGCACUUGCAUAUAUGUUCCCACCAAGUUAACACGUGGCAGACGAACAAUAACUCUCCCCUCUAUUGGUUUCAUGUGAAAUGAAAAACCAAAAGGUCCAGUUUUAAAAUAAAGAAGUUUGCAGGCCUCUAUUUGAAAAU